AGAAAUGGCUGACAAUGCACUUGUCAGAGACAAAAUAACAGAAACAAACAAGCCUGGCACUACAUCAAAGGCAGUUUUAGUUUCAAGAUUUUCGAAGGAAGUGACUGAUUUCAGCAGUCAGUAUGGAAGUGAAACAAGUAUAUCUUACACAGUCAGCAACCUAGCAGGAAGGAGUAACAUAUUUCCUGCUUAUGGAGAUUUUACACAGGCUGCUGUUUUUAGAACAUAUGGACCAUGGUGGAAGAAUGUAACAUCUUCACCACGAAAAUUCAAGAGAACACCACCUAACUUCAUAAGUGAAGAUUAUGUUGAAUUGAGUUUUGAUUUAGAUGUUUACCCAUGUAAGAUUGAAGUUUGGGAAACUUAUAAUCCUGGAUCAGUAGUGAGAAUUCUAGCUUGUGAUACAGCUUCAGGGACUGAUGUAGAUGAUGGCAGAGUUAGAUGGCAAGUGUUAUGGGAAGGCCAACCAGAGAAAUGUUCUGAUAAAUCCAGAAUAUUUUCUCCAAAAUUAAGAGAACCCUUGUUUAAAACAAGCUUGAUAAGGUUAGAACUGUGUUCUACACUAUGUCAUUACUACACAGAAUUAGAUUGUGUCUGUAUGUACGGUACCUUAAAUCCGUGUUCUGACAUGCAGUCUAUAUUAAAACAAGCUCCAUCAUUUGAAGUGAAAGAUUGUAGUGAUGCUGAUGAAAUUGUAUCACAGACAAUGAAGUAUAUCAAUACACUAUCUGUGUCAACUCAUCAGGAAAGUCUGGAUGAAAACAAGGAUCCUGGACAUUUGCCAAGGGAGACUACUGAUGUAAAACAAGAGGAAGUAACUCCAACAGAAGUUACAAAGGAUGAAACUUUUUUUGAAGAAGAUCCUGAAAUGGGAAAUGGAUACUUUGAUGAUUUACCAGAUGAAGUUAUUCAGCUAAUACUUAGCUAUUUAGAUGUACCAGCUUUGUGUGUGGCCAGCAGAGCUUGUAUGCUAAUGAAGAAACAUUGUUAUGAUACAUUACAGUAUACAGAGUUAAAUUUACAGCCACACUGGCCACAGAUUAAUAACCAUACUCUGCAAUGUUUAAAAAGCAGAUGUCAUCACUUACAGCAGUUAAACUUAUCAUGGUGUGGUGGAAACAGAGGGAUCAUGCAGAGCAUGACCUUUGGAAUCUUUAUGAAAGAAUGUGGCAGUGAGUUAAACACUCUGUACUUAGCUAACUGUAAAUUUGUUGACUCAGAAGUGUUGAGGUUGCUAUCAGAAUAUUGCCCCAAAUUAGCAGAUUUAGAUCUACAGAGCUGUAUGGGAUUAGAUGGUAUUGGAUUAAUUCAUUUAACAAAAUUAAAAGGAUUAAAGAGACUUAAUCUGUACAGAACACAUGUUGAUAUACAUAGUCUUAUAGCUAUAAUUAGAACUUCUCCAAACCUUGAAUGUCUUAACUUAGGAUCAUGUAGCAGGAUAAAUAAUUUUGAUGAAGUAGCCAUUGAACUAAGUAAACAUUGCAAGAAGCUGAAAUCCUUGGAUUUGUGGAGAUCUAGAACUAUUACAGAUGUUGGUCUGAGGGCUCUGGCUUAUAACUGUCCAGAUUUAGAGGAACUAGAUUUAGGGUGGUGUCCAGAACUAAGAUCAGGAAGUUGUUGUUACCUGGAUCUAGUUGAUAGAUGUCAUAAAAUCAAAAAGUUAUACUUAACUGCCAACAGGACAGUAUGUGAUGAUGAUUUGAAUGCUAUUGCCUCUAACUGUCCAGAUUUAGAACAACUAGACAUACUGGGAACUAGACAAGUCAGUGAGGGAUCUGUACUUAGAAUCCUACAGUCCUGCCCCAGGAUGAUAAUGUUUGAUGUGUCAUUCUGUUUCUCUAUAGAGCAUGAAGUGGUUAAUGAAUGGAGCAGGAUUUUUCCAAACUGUAGUAUCAAGAAAAGUUUUCAACAAUAAAGAAAGUUGUACAUCAAUAUCUAUCCAAUCUCAGGGUCUCAAACUAUUUCAAUUUAAUCUCUAUUUAAGGGCAAUUGUUUAUUCUAUUUAAAGUGUUCUUUUAAGUAGAAAUCUCAUCCUUUUUGCACCUUAUUUGUCAAGUUUUUUUUUUAUUCUUUCUUUAAAUAAUAAAGAAAUCUCUAAAUAUACUGCCAAAAUAUACCUAAUAUACUUUAGGUAAAUAAAAUGUGGACAGGAAGAAAUGGUAAUACCACAUCUUCUUAUUUCUAUACAGUUUAUCUUGUGACAGAAAAAAAUACAUGAAACAAAGUGAUUUUACGCAAUGAUUUUACAACUUUAUUUUAUGAUUGUUGGUAGCUUUUGAUUUCAGUGUAAAAGGGAAAAUGAAUAAAAAAGAUUAAAUAACAACUAAUUACCACUGAAAAUUGCAAAAUUAGAAUAGCAGAUUCAGAGACCAGUAACUUAAAACAGGUAUAAUUUAGUAACAAACCAUGUUAUAGUUUUAAAAAACCUUUGUCAAAAUUUCAUCAAAUCAGAUAUACAAAAUUUUGAUUUGUCUUUGGAUAAAUCUGUCAGAAUUUACUACAGGAAAAAUGUUUUAGUAUUUUUGUUUUCCUGUUGAUGAUAUUAGCUCAAUAACUGCAAGAAUUGCUAAAUAUUUUUCUAAUAUUCACUGUUGAUACAAUUUAAAAAUAACUUACAAACUUAAAAGUUCCUCCUCCUUCAGGCAAUAUUUACCUUAUACAAAUUUGGGGUUUUUUAUGUGCUUUUUGAUCAAAUGUCUAUCAAAGUUUCUACAUACUUUUACAUAUAUGGCUUUCAAUUGUUUAAGUUUUAAGUGUUCUUUAUGGUGGAAUAUCCAGAAAAGCACUUUAUAUACACUUGAUUUAUACAAAGUUUUGUUUCAUAUUCAUGGUCAUCUACAAUUUUCUGAUGUGCAACAAAAUUAGUAGUCAAUUUGAUGAUAUAUGAAGUGUACACAUGCAUACACUAAAAAAGUGUAAUGACUUAAUUAUAUUUAACUUGCUGUUGUUGAUUGUUAUCUGUGAUUGAGUUUUGUAAAUUUUAUCCUUGUUUGUAUAAAUAUCUUCAUUUUUAUUGGAAGUUUAAAACCACUUGCAUUGAGAAACCUAGUAUCAAGUGUAAUUUAUGAUGUUCUGUUUUCCUUAUAGCAGAAACGAAAUUCAUGGUUUCAUGCAUUAUGGGAAUGUUUUUAAAAGGGUACAUCUAAACAGUGAUAGGUUAACAGUGUCCUGAGUGAAUAUCCAACAAAUGACCAUGUUUUGUUUCUUCAAUUUUAUGUACAAAUAAUAAACAUAAACAUACCCACAGCAUUUAGGUUCUGAAAAGGUGAAAAAGAUCUGACAAGUAGGGCAGUAUUGCUGAUGGAUAUAGAUUGACCUUUUUUUCAAUUAAAUCAGCUUUGCAUAUUUUUAAUGUCAAGUGAUUUCAAUCAGAAGUCUAGUCAUUUGUUUUCGAAUAUUUUAAAGAUUAUUUUAUUGAACUGUAUAUUGUACAUUAUGUGUUGAUAUCAAUUGAAUUUAAUUUAUAAAUAAUAUUAAGUCGACAUUGAUCGAAUUUGUUGAUUUAUAAAAAAAUAUAUCAAUAUAGCAACAUUUGUAAUGGUAAAUAAAAUUAUGUUAAUUCUGUUCCUUGAUGGUGUAAGAAAUAAUAAUAGAUGUGUACCUCAUAAAUUGCUAUAAAGCUGAACGCAAACAUUAAGUUACAUAAAUUACAGGAAAUUGUAUCUUCAGGAAUGUUUAUGAAUUAGGAUAAUUUUUGUUUUGACGUUUUAAUCUAACACAAACGUGAACCCAUCUGAAAAGUAGCAAUAAGUACUGGGUUAUCAUUACUCACAUUUCACGCAAGAGUUACCCCCAAUUAACAUUUGUUUGGUUUUAUUACAUAUAAAAAAUGUAACAAAUGGGGAAUGGUUCAUUACAGGCAACAGAAGUUUACCUAUGUUCAAAUCUCAUACAUCGUUUAUGGUGCUACAAUUCAAGAUGAAAACAAAACUGAGGGAAACACAUGAACUCAAAAAGGAAUGAAACUAGGUGCUGAGCAAUCAUGACUUUAUGAUUACAUGUAUAAUACCUCAAAGAAUAUAUUUUAUUAUGGUUUGAAAACAAGCUUUCAUGAAAUUUUAUUUAAUGGUGGACUAAAUUAUAAUUGACAUUGAUAUUUAUUAAAUGUGUUCAUCUUUCCCAGAAACCAUUGCCAACGUAUUAUUAUCUACCUAUUUUAUGUACAUUUUUGUAUUAAUAAAAGAAAACUGCCAAUUAAUGUUAUAUUAUGGAUUUUAAUGUUAGUUUUAUCAAUGAAUAGAUACAUUGUGAUGAGACAUGUUUUUAUUACACAUUGUAAUUUGAACAUGAGUUACAACACCUCCUGUUGCCUGACUCUCUCAUGAGAUUAACAAGUGAUAAAUUUUACAUGUCAGUUUCAUGUCUCAUCACUUUUUAUCACAAUUAGGAGUUGACAAAAAGUUCCCUUUUUCUGUUUACAUUUUAGCUGCAUAUGUAGGAGAUUCAUGUUUUUAUACUUAGAUCUUUCACCACAUUUAUUUUGUGUCAGAAACCUAUAUAAUGUAAAAAAUUUGAUUACAAUCCAAAUUCAGACAGUAUAAAACUCGAAUAUUGUGUCCAAACUUGCCCGAACUGUUCAGUGUCAACCUCUGCAGUCAUAUGAGGCUGCACUCUGCGAAGCAUUUUAUAAGAUACCAUUUUGAAAAUAUAAAACUGCAUCACACUAUAUUGUACAAAAAAAGUUGUUGACUAUUACUGUUGUAAAUUUGUUGAUAUUUAUAAUCAUAUAUUUGUUUACUUAUGUAUUAUUCUAAACUUGAUUGCACCCACCAAAUAAAAUUAAAGGUUAAAGGCCUUUUCUAUCAGGAAAAGAAAUUGAAUUAUAUGUAAUGUCCAAAACAUAAUGACAGAAAUGCCGAAUUGCCCAAACUAAUAUCUUUUUAAUCAAUUUGUUUAAACAUAUGUUAAGCUCCUUCUAGUAAAUUCGUGGCAGUUUAUAUUAUUACAAUUUUGUCUUUUUAGACUUUCUUGGUGUUUAGCCAAAGUUGACAUAUCCAGGAUUAUUGAUAUGUUUUAUUUAUGUACUUGAUAAGUCAAGAAAAUAAAUCCCUCAUUUCAUAUGAUCUCUUUUAGGUUAGUUGAUAUAUUAACUGAACUGUAUGUGUGAAUUGUGUCUAUCUCAACAGUCCCUUUUUUUAUAGAUGAGUAUAUAGUUAAGAAAAUAUAUCUGUCAAUUCAUAGCAUGCAUUUCCUAGUUUAUGAUUUUUAGUUAUGUAGCAAAACUGUGAUAUUUAAAUUGAUUUUAAAAUUUUAUCUCUGUUGAUGUCUUUCUUUUCAAAUAUUUUUUCCAUUUAACAAAUUCUAAGCUAUUUUAUUUCAUAUUAUAUUACAUUUGAUAAUGUAUAUUAUAGCUUUAAGUUUAUUUGUUAUGUUGUAUGGUAUAUGUAUAUUUAUAGUUGCAAUUAAAAAUGGCUGUAUUAUUGUGA